AUGAUUAGCAGCAUGAUCCUUCGUGAAUUAGCCAUUCUCCUAGCCCUCUUGGGCAUAACAAUACAGCAAGGCUGCGGGAGUAAAUCCGAAGCGAGCACAGCAAAAUCGUCAGGAAAUACGCAGAAGGCUGGGUCCUUUCGCAGGAGCGACUCAAGCAAUGAGAGCUACAGGCAUCAGAAAACGUGGUCUGUCUAUCAUCCUGGUGUGACUACACACAGACAGGUCUGCACAGCGAAAUACAAUGAUACCCUCAAUCUCAAGGAGUACAACCUUAAACUAGAGCGCCGAAAAGAAGGCUCCGAGAAAUGGACGGCAAAGCUCUCUGGGAAAUGUGGCCAUCGAGAAAAUCUCGAAGCUGACCUGACAGGAGACGAUUUGGAUAAACUCCAAGGCGAGAAGAACUGUGUCGUUGCUUGGGAAGCUCUGGGAGUCACUUCUCGUGUGAUCGUCGCCAGAAAGAGUGUCCCUCCCGUAGCGAAGCACUUUAUGGACCUCUUUUCUCUUCUCCACCUCCUCCUUGCCACUUCAAUCGUUUUCAUCGGAACGAUUGAAAUCCAAGGAUGUGGAUCGAAUAAAUCCUCGACUCGCGGUGGAGCUGAGGCAAGCUCCACAGAGACCUCUACAGAAACAGAAAGUGCAGCGAAGGCAUCCAAGCAAACUGCCCCAGACGAAGUGAAAGACGGUGGCAAGUUCAAGAUCUGUCGCGCCUCCUCAACCGAUCAUACGUACAAACUUUCUGUUCAACGCACUCUAAAGUCUGGUGAGACCCAAUGGAAAGUGAAGCUGGUGGGCGAUAAGUGCGGCGACAAGACCGGCGCGAAGAAGGAGAUUGUUGACGAUUUGGCUAAGGAUUUACAAGGUGAAGAUGUUGACUGCAAGGCGGUAUGGGAGAAGUUCGGGGUAACAGCAGAAAAUCCCAGUCGUCUGAAAACCUUGUGCACGGACCCUGCCUGGCUUGCUUUGAAGGUUGUGGGUCGAAAAAGGAAGUACAAAGUGAAGAAUCAAAUGCGGGCCCCGAAGCCGGAGUGGCCAGUUCAAGUUCAUCAUCCAGCUCGUCCAGGACGAGUUCCCGGUACACCUGGUGAUACUGUGCAGAGUUGUGAUGCCAGCGCUGGCCUAUUCCAUCUUAUAGUCAAACGUGUCAAACGUGGCGGGCAGAGCAAUUAUGAAGUUUCUAUGGUGGGAAGCAAGUGCGGUCCUGACGUCGUCCCUGAAACUCCACUGAGUGGGGAGAAUACUGCCAAACUACAAGAAGAUAAUAUCUCAUGUGCCAAGGUUUGGAAGGCUUUAGGAGUCGCCACUGCUACUUCUACAGAAGAGACUCUAUCUGAUAUGUGUGCCAAGCUCAAGGCAGGACAAUUGUAG